UCCCUCCAUGCGCUGAGGAGAGCGCGCUUGGCUCCCAGCAAAGUUGCUGCUUCCAUCCUCGCAGCUGCUUCAGGCGCGGAGGAGCCCUCCCGCACGCAGGCUCCCAGCCAGGCAGCAGCCAAGCCGAGGGAAGAAGCCCUGCCUCGCCCCCGCCCCCCAAGCAGCGGGAGCAGUAGCCCCAGUAGCCCGCGGAGGAUCGGCUUGGGGCCACGCGCCCGGAGGGGGGACCACCAUGCAGCUGUGCCGGGGCCGCGCCUUGGGCAUCUCGGUGGCGGUGGCGCACGGCGUUUUCUCGGGCUCGCUCAACAUCCUGCUGAAGUUUCUCAUCAGCCGCUACCACUUCGCCUUCCUGACGCUGCUGCAGUGCCUGACCAGCUCCACGGCGGCGCUGAGCCUGGAGGUGCUGCGGCGCCGGGGCACCCUCGACAUCCCACCCUUCGGGUUCAGCUUGGCGCGCCUCUUCGCCGGCGUCACGGUGCUCUCCACGCUGCAGUCCAGCCUCACUCUCUGGUCCCUGCGCGGCCUCAGCCUGCCCAUGUACGUGGUCUUCAAGCGCUGCCUGCCCCUCGUCACCCUCCUCAUCGGCGUCCUGGUGCUCAAGAACGGCAUCCCCUCCAUCGGCGUGCUGGUGGCCGUCCUCAUCACCACCUGCGGGGCGGCUCUGGCAGGUGCAGGUGAUCUGACUGGUGAUCCCGUUGGGUACGUGACUGGAGUGCUGGCUGUUUUGGUGCAUGCAGCGUAUUUAGUGCUCAUUCAAAAGACGAGUGCAGACAGUGACUAUGGGCCCUUGACAGCCCAGUAUGCCAUUGCUGUUUCAGCCACACCUUUUCUCAUUAUCUUCUCCUUUGCCAGUAUGGAUGCCAUCAACAUCUGGUCCUUCCCAGGAUGGAAAGAUCCUGUCAUGACAUGCAUCUUCAUUACAUGUGUCUUGAUUGGCUGUGCAAUGAAUUUUACCACCCUUCACUGCACCUACAUCAACUCAGCUGUAACCACCAGUUUUGUUGGGGUGGUGAAGAGCAUUGCAACCAUCACAGUUGGCAUGGUCGCAUUCAGUGACGUAGAGCCCACAAAACUGUUUAUAGCAGGUGUUGUGGUAAAUACUGUGGGUUCCGUCAUUUAUUGUAUAGCCAAGUACAUUGAAACAAGAAAACAGAGUAAGUAUGAAGACCUGGAGAAUGAGACUAGGGAAGAGGAAAAGAAAGAAUUUGAAGGAGGCCAGCCACCAUUUGUAAUGGACGAGAUGCCCAAGGAGACAGAGCCUGGAGAUACAUAUGUAGAGGAAUCAGCAAAUGGAAGCAGCCAGCAAAGCAUAGAGAAAGACAGCAUUAUGGAAGAAGCAAAUGCGUCCAUUAUCCCUGAAGGCAUGAGCUCUGAAGGAGUUACCAAAAGUUCAUUAAAGGAUGCCUAUCUUGGAGUAUGGAGGUUGGUUAGGGGUGCUAAUUAUAUGAAGAAAGAUUACCUAGUAGAGAAUGAGGAAUUACCAAGCCCCUGAAGAAUAAUUUUGUAGCAAAUAGUGAUCAAGGAUUAGGGAUCAAGGAAUACAUUUUAUUCCUUGUGGAGGGAAUACAGGUGGAUGGAUGAGUGUUUUCAUACCUUCAAAGAUAAAUCUUAAAUGUUUAUUAGGGGGAUUUUGCUUCAUUCUGAAGGGACAAGAGCACAAUGUUCAUGCUUAGAUUCAGUGAAAUUCCAUUGUGUCUGUGAACUUACCCCUGAUUUUAAUUUGUGUGAGAUUUGGAUCUGGUCUGGAACACCAAAAUAGGCACCCAAAACAUAAUAAACAGCUUUGUUUUGUAUCCAGUUAUAGAAGUCAACUGGAUCAGCCUAAUAAUAUUUUCUUCAGUAAGUACCCCUUGAAGUGCUAAUGGAAUUGCUCAAAGUAGUUAAAAGCAUGAUACUCUUAAACAGAAGUUAAACAGAUCUGUUCCUAAUAUAACUCAGAAGGAAGUACCAGUACUCCCUGGAUUCUCUUUGGCUUGGAAGUUAAACAAAUGGAAUGUGUACAAAGCAGAAGUGGGGCCUUUCAUUCCUCCUACUUACCAUUUUCCAGAUGUUAUUGGUGCACUACAAGUCCCACCCACAUGUGGGCAGCCCUUAUAGUGGAAGAACAGAAGUCAUGCUGAUAAUCCAUCCUGCACCAUCCCACUUUCUAUCUGCCACCUGUCUUUGUUGACAAGGUGAGAGAGGUGUGGGAGGGUGAUCCAACUGUUUAUACUCUAGUUUGCCUCAGAAGUUUCUCAGCUAGUUUAUUUUUAUUCAGUCUUUUAGCAGACACAUAUUUAUCAGUAUAUUCAAUAAUAUUCUGUUUAACUUUUAAAAUAUAUUUCAAAUGCAGACUUGCCAUAUCAAAAACAUUAUGAUUUGGGUCAGGGGUAGUACUGUGACAGAACACCUGUGGAAAGCUGAGAAUUCAGAUGUGGUGGUAUUCAUUUGAAUAACCCACCAGCAAGUUGCAAAUCAAGCCAGUCUUCUUACUCAUUUUCGGUGAUUGAAUUUUGAAACCAAAUUCAGUUCUGCUUGUUUACUGUGCUGGCACUAUUCAAGAGCCGUUCAGGAUGCAGGAAAUGUUGAAUAGAGUCCAACUUGCCAAAACAUCUCCUAUGUUAAAAAUCAGCAUUUUAUGGUGUAGAUGUGAUAUGUAGCAUAAUAUAUGGAAAGAAAAGGAGGGUUUCUGCUCUGAGAUCUCAUGGGUCUCAGCCACGGCCUCUUUCAGAAUGUCGAAAGUAGCAAAACGUACCUAAAAUUUGCUGCCGCCAAUCCUAACAGACCUUGAAAUUUGCUGUAGCCAAUAUCUGGGAGCUCAAAGAGCAUGUAUUACUGGAACACACCUCUAAGUGAGGAAAGUUCCAAAAACCAUUUAUAAAUCGGACACAAAGCUAACCCACAGACAUUACACAACAUCCCUUUCACCUCUUCCUCACACAAUACACUAGAUGGAGAAUGCUCAAGAAGAGCAUCCCAUGAAAGGCUGAUUUGUUCCUCACCAUAUUACUGCUGCCAACAUCAGAGCAAUGAAGUUGAAGCCUAUCAGAAAAGUCAUUGCGAGCGCCUUGGAAGCUUUAUAGAUAGGGCUGUUACCCCUAAUCUUCUUCGGAAGAGAGUGUGUGUGCUCACACACCAGCCAAACUUACCCCAAAGUCCCUGUGAGAUCCUUGGAAACACUCCACACACAAAUUGGGCUUUAUCUUGAGGAUUCUAGCUUAUUUCGAGUUAUUUCCGAGUUUUUAGAAUGCUGGUUUUAAGCUACUCUUUCUGAAAAUGCCGGAGCAAAUAGGGAGAGGCACUGACGUAGAAUCAUUAGCAUGAAAAGAGGGAUACUCUCUUUAGGAAUGCAGAUAUAGCUCUUUAGAAAUCUCUCUCUCCCCCUGCCCUAUUGACUAGAAGGAAAACACGGAGCAUGCCAUGUGAACGUGCACCAAAACAAAGCCUGAGAGCAGAGGGGAGGGGCUGCUUCCCUCAAUGCCGCAAGUGUACUUCGAAGCGGCUUUGUUUAACAUUUACCCCACAGUAUGAAGCCAUGUGUGAAUAACUCCCAGGUGAAUACCCCUGCUCAGCUCUACUAAGCCAAACAUACCAGGCGUUCCCGGUUUCCACAUUAGUAACAAGAAAUUACAAGUCAGCCUCCCACUCAAACUUGCUGCAGCAUCACUGAGUGUUGGUGUUUGUAAGCGCUAAAACUGGCAGAUGCCACUCUUCAACACCCCUCACCCCCCAUACUAUGGCUUCAUAAAGGAUACUGCUGGCAUCUACGGGAAUUCUCUUUUCCAUUCAGAGGCACAGAAGCCCUUUUAGAUGUUUGUAUCUGGCAACCCCAGCAGGGUCUAGUAAUGGUGGUAGUAAGGACUGAGUGGUGCUGAGGGGGAUUUGAGCAGGAAGCACUGAGCAUCCAAAGUGAAUCUGGAAAAGUUCAAAGAGAUCUCAUUCCACUCUGAGGAAUGAGAGCUAAUUAUAAAUCGUGACAAAACCUGCCCCACGUAAAGCAUUAAACAGACUCUUUUCAGUCAACAAAUGAUCAUAAUUUGCUAAAACAUUUACUGGAGAAAAUAAAAGAAGAUCUGAUGGGAACAAAGUAAGGCUUCAGUAAGAUUCAGGGCUGUGGAGUCAGGGCUGGCUUCAAGUUCGAGGGGAGCCCUCCUACCUGAAUGGGGGCCCCUUCCCUCUUAUUGAGGAAGUGGACACUGGUUUAUUUGGUUUUCGAUGGGCCAGCAGCUGCACUGACAGUGGCUGCCACCUGCCAUGUUCCUCUGCCCUCAGCCUCCCAUAGCAUUGUGGCAUACUGUUGCUGGCACACCAAGGAUGACAGAAAACCAUGUCUCCUGCUACUACAGGGGAAGGGGCCCACUCACUCAACAACUUCUGUUGCUGGCUGAGCCCCAUCUUCCUCAGGGGGCCAGGGGAGGCAUCAGUGUGGGGCCACCAAGAGCUCUGGGCUCUUGACAGAUACCCAAGGUUGCCUUAUGUUGACACUGGCUUUGAGUUUUUGUCAGUGUUUUUCAUACAUGAGACCCAGAGAGUCUUUGAGCCUCUUGAAAAUUUGUAUGUGAUUGUGUGACUGUUCUUAGUGUGGAAUAGAAAGCAGAAGGCAAACAUUUGUCAUCCAAAUGUACUUUGUGGCCAAUAUUAUUAUUAUUGAUUAAAAAAUAUUUUAAUCUUGUGAUCUUGUGGUAGCAAGCAUGAAUAGUCCCCUUUGCUAUGUAGGGUUCCUCCUGGUUUGCAUUUGAAUGAGAGACUACAUGUGAGAACUGUAAGAUAUGUGGAAUGGGGCCACUCUGAGAAGAGCACCUGCAUGCUUGCAUGCAGAAGGUUCCAGGUUCCUUCCCUGGCAUCUCCAAGAUAGGGCUGAGAGAGACUCCAGCCUGCCAUCUUGGAGAAAUCGCUGCCAAUCUGUGCAGACAAUACUGAGCCAGAUGGACUAAUGGUCUGACUUGGUAUAUGACAGGUUCCUCAAAAGUUCUCAAAACAAUUUUGCAUUGCAACCAACCAAAACCAUUUCAUGCCUUGUGUGUGCAAAAUCAUGCAAAGUUUACCUUGUAUUAUGGUUUGGGAUCUAGUCUCCAAACAUGACCUCUCUUUUUCCUGAGAACAAUCUUAUCAAGACAAAGACUAAGUAAACACCCCACCCCUUGCUGCAGCAUCACCCCUCCCCAUUUAUUUCAGUGAGGCUUGGGCAGCAUUCUUAUUCAAGCCUGUGCUUGGUGGAUUUGCAUCCUAUAGUUACUAAAUGGUUGCCAAAGUGAAAACAUAAAAAAACAUUGUGCCACGCUGUGUAAAACUGUACUGAAAUAAAAAAAGCAUUUAAUUCUGAUCUGAAUGAUCCUGCUGAUUCCCUUAACAUUUCAUAGUUCAGCAGGUCACAGUUCAGUGGUGGGCAUAUGUUUUGCAUGCAUGAGGUUCCAGUUUCAAACCUUGGUAUUUCCAUUUAGGAUCUCAGCUAUCAGGGCUAUCCUUGGAGAGCUGCUAGCCAUAGAGUAGAUCAGUGGCUUUCAACAUCUGUCCCAGCCACAGAAUGGUGUGCUCUUAGAAUGACAGUGAAACCCAGUAGGUCUGGCUAAGUACACUGCAUAAAUGGAGUAUAUUCCCAGAAUCUUCUUCAACAUGAACUCCAUGGCAAAUAUCUCUGCAGACAAGUCAAUGUAGGACAUAAGAACAGCCCUGCUGGACCAGGCCCAAGGCCCAUCUAGUCCAGCAUUCUGUUUCACACAGUGGCCCACCAAAUGCUGCUGGAAGCCUACAGGCAGAAGUAGAGGGCAUGCCAUCUCUCCUGCUGUUACUCCCCUGCAACUGGUAUUCAGAGGCAUCCUGCCUCUGAGGCUGGAGGUGGCCUUUAGCCCUCCAACUAGUAGCCGUUGAUAGACCUCUCCUCCAUGAAGUUAUCAAUUCCAAACCCCUCUUAAAGCCACCCAGGUUGUUGGUUUUCACCACAUCUUGUGGCAGAUAAUUCCACAAGUUGAUUGUGUGCUGUGUGAAAAAGUACUUCUGUUUGUUGCUCCUAAAAUUUCCUGGCAAUCAAUUUCAUGGGAUGACCCCUGGUUCUAGAGUUAUGUGAGAGGGAGAAAAAUUUCUCUCGAUCCACUUUCUCCAUACCAUGCAUGAUUUUAUAGACCUCUAUCAUGUCUCCCCGCAGUCAUCUUUUUUCUAAACUUAAUAGCCCCAGGUGGUGUAGCCUUGCCUCAUAAGGAAUUUGCUCUAGGCCCCCGAUCAUCUUGGUUGCCCUCUUCUGCACCUUUUGCAGUUCUACAAUGUCAUUCUUUAGAUGUGGUGACCAGAAUUGUACGCAUUACUCCAGGUGUGGCCGCACCAUAGUUUUGUACAAGGGCAUUAUAAUACUAGCAGGUUUAUUUUCAAUCCCCUUCCUAAUGAUCCCUAGCAUGGAAUUGGCCUUUUUCACAGUUGCUGCACAUUGAGUCGAAACACUCAACAAGCUGUCCACCAUGACCCCAAGACUCCUCUCCUGGUCAGUCACCGAUAGCUCAGAUCCCAUCAACAUAUACUUGGUUGGGGUUUUCCGUCCCAAUGUGCAAUGCAUCACUUUACACUUGCCAACACUGAACUGCAUUUGCCAUUUUGUCACCCACUCCCCCAGUUUGGAGAGAUCCUUUUGGAGCUCCUCACAAUCUGUUUUGGAUUUCACUACCCGGAAGAGUUUGGUAUCAUCUGCAAAUUUGGCCACUUAGCUGCUUACCCCUACUUCUAAAUCAUUUAUGAUUAAAUUAAAAAGCACUGGUCCCAGUACAGAUCCCUGGGGGACUCCACUUCCCUCCACUGUGAAAACUCUCAAUUUAUACCUACCCUCUGUUUCCUGUCCUUCAACCUGUUAGCAAUCCACACAUGUACUUGUUCCUUUAUUCCAUGACUGCUAAGUUUUUUCAAGAGUCUUUGAUGAGGAACUUUGUCAAAAGCUUUUUGGAAGUCCAGGUAUACUAUGUCAACUGGAUCACCUUGAUCCACACACCCAUUGACACUCCCAAAGAACUCCAAAAGGUUGGUGAGGCAAGAUUUACCUUUGCAGAAGCCAUGCUGGUUCUCCCCCAGCAGGACCUGUUCUUCUAUGCACUUAACAAUUUUAUCCUUGAGAAUGCUUUCCAUCAAUUUGCCUGGAACGGAUGUUAGGCUAACUGGCCUGUAAUUUCCCAGAUCGCCCCUGGAUCUCUUUUUGAAAAUCGGUGUUACAUUGGCUGUUUUCCAGUUCUCCAGUACAGAGCCUAAUUGUAGGGAUAAGUUAUAUAUAUUUUUUUACAAGGAGGUCAGCAAUUUCACAUUUGAGUUCUUUAAGGAUUCUUGGAUGGAUGCCAUCUGGCCCUGGUGAUUUGCUAGUUUUAAAUUUUUACAGACAGUUUGGAACAUCAUUUCUUGUCACUUCUAUAUGACUCAGUUCUUUAGCCUCCAUCUCCGAAAAGGAACAGGAACAGAUAUAUGCUCAGUAUCAUCUGCCAUGAAGACGGAUGCAAAUAACUCAUUUACCUUUUCUGCAACUUCCAUAUCCUCCUUAAUAAUCCCUUUCACUCCCUCAUUGUCUAACGGUCCAGUUGCCUCCCUGGCAGGUUUCUUGUUUAUGUUCUACACUGUUCCUAUGAUGGAUCCCUAGUCCGAAAGGCCUCAAUCACAGUCUAAAAAGAACUUAAGGUAGACACCAGUAAGAGCCACUGGAAGGAUGCUGUGUUGGUUAUCAUGAGUUAUGCCUAUUUAAAUGUUAUUUAUUUAUUUAUUUAUUUAAUACAAAACACACAUACACACACACACACACACACACAAUGUUUAAGAAUGUUUAAUAGACUUAUAUGAUUAUUUGUGGGCCAGUAUGCUUUAGUAAAUUAAAAGCGUUUUAAUUAUUUUGUAACUUGUUUAGAAGAAUGUACAUCAAUUAUCUUGUACUGAUGUAGUUCUAGCCACACAACUGGGUUAUCUAGAUGGCAUAGCAGAGUGUAAUGUGGAACACUAGCUCACCACCAACCCAUUAAGGUGUCUUUUUACAUGCUUCGUGGGGAAGUUCUGGUUUGCUGCUUUUCAAAGUGCUAGUACAAACACAUGGAAAUACUAACAGUAUGGGACAUUUAAAAUGUGCCAGCAAAACAUCUGUAUAGUGAAAAAAAAAAGAUCUGGUUAUGCUGUAUCUCUGUUCAUAGCUUAACUUGGGUGUCUAAGAAUUCCCUUCAUUAAAAAUGGGGAUUUGGUAAAUGCAGCCCAGUUUUUCCAAUGAAGGAGAUCAUUGUAAAGUAAAAUAAUAAAACUAUUGCCUCGUGCUGAGGCAUUUUAAUUGCAUAAAUAUAAGACUUCAAUUAAUCUGGAGAAUGAGACAUGGUAAUAAAAUGCAUUGCUUUACAGAAGCCUUAUAAUGUUUUUUUAUUAUUAUUACUGAGGUGAAAGCUGAAAAUGUAGUUGUAUUUGUGUAGUGUCUUUGUGGGUUUGUGUAUGUAUGGAUUUGUGUGCCUUUGUUUGUGCAUAUGUACAGUUUGUGCAUAUGUACGUAUUUGUGCAUAUGUACGUAUUUGGGGCAUUAUACACCAGUACUUGGAUUCAAAGAUCUGUGUGCCAAAGGAGGUUUACAUUCACAGCCAAUAUGUAUACAGAAGCCUAUUUCUAUCUGUGCCAUGAUGUUCACUGAGGCCCUCUUCAACUGGCUGGAUGUACUGUAUCAUUUGAUUUGUUCUAGUUGCUGUGUGCAACUAGAUGCCCACAACUGGAGCAGGU